AGAGAUGAGGCAAACUCAGCCAUAGGAAGGUGGUUAGUGAUGUCACAAGUUUGGUCUUUUCAAUAAAAGCAAUAGAGAAGGGUCUCCCUCACUAUAUAUAUUAGGAGAAGCUUCUGUUCCUCAUAAUAAAAAGAGCAGCAGGGGAGAAAAGCACCUGCUUUAAAACGCUUUAUUUAGCACUAAUCUGUUGCAGGCAGAAUAAAAAUUUUGGAGGUCUGGAAAAAAGAAAAGGAUAGCACACAGUUUUGGAAGCGAUUGCUGAGAAGAUCAACCACUGUUGGCCAGGGUGAUCUCUGAGAGGCACAGAGGGCUGUAACUCAAGGAAAAGGUCUCCCAGAGGCUGCUCCGGGGCGUGUGAACAUCGCAGGCUGCAGUGCGAUCCAACCUGCGGAGCCCAGCAUGAGCCCCAGCCCCCGCGAGUCCCCGGGACACCGCUCCUGGUAGAGGAGCUCUCGGGCUCCGCAGCCGGGCAACGCUUUUUGCUCGAGGUCACUUGCCCUGGCUCAGCGUGACCCCAGCUUUCCGUGAGGAAAGGACGUGAACCUGACUUUUGCAGAGGUUUUAGGACCCGGAGGAUACAAUGUUCACUAAACUCUUCCAGCAGUGGAGUUUCGCAGUGUUCCUGCUGAGUUACUCCGUGCCCUCCUGCGGGAGAUCAGUGGAGGGGAUCAGCCGCCGACUCAAACGGGCUGUAUCAGAGCACCAGCUACUGCAUGACAAGGGCAAGUCAAUCCAAGAUCUACGAAGAAGAAUAUUCCUUCAAAAUUUAAUUGAAGGUGUCAACACUGCAGAAAUCCGUGCAACUUCAGAGGUUUCACCUAACCCUAAGCCUGCUACAAACACAAAGAACUACCCUGUCCGAUUUGGCAGUGAAGAUGAGGGCAGAUACCUAACUCAGGAGACAAACAAAUCACAGACCUACAAGGAACAACCCCUGAAGGUAUCAGGGAAGAAAAAGAAAGCAAAGCCUGGAAAACGUAAGGAACAAGAGAAGAAAAAGAGGCGAGCCCGCUCUGCUUGGCUAAAUUCUGACAUGUAUGGAAGCAGCAUGACCGAGAGUCCACUCUUGGACAACUCUGUUACUACACAUAAUCAUAUUUUAAGGAGGCGCUGAUAUUUUCAGCAAGACAUCUUUGGAAGACAUAUUGCAGUAUUCUGUAAUAGUGAACAUAUGGGAAGUAUUAAAAUAUUUAUUACCUGUAAAUAUUGUAAAUGCUCAGAAUAAAACUUUUUUCCCCCAUUGCUCUCUGAAACUGCACAUUUGGUUAUUGUGAACUUUUUUUUUUUUUUUUUUUUUUUUUUUUGCUAAUGCUAAGACAAUUAUUAUUGUCACAUUUACCAUAAUUUAUUUUGUUGACUGGUGUAUUUAUUUUGUGAACGUAUCUUGGUGCUGCUGACUUUCUAUAUUUUUUGUAACAUAAUGCACUUUAGAUAUACAUAUCGAGUACAUGGAUAACUGACAAAAAAUAUUCCUGUUUUGUGGUUGACUUCAAUGAAUGCCUACACACAAUUGUUCAAACUGAUUUUCCUUUGUGCGUGUAUAAUAGCAGUAUUUCAAAAUUUGUAAAGAAUGUCUAAUAAAAUAUAAUCUAAUUAAACCAUGA